CGACCAACGCCGAUGCGAAGAGCAAUACGUUCAACACCCUUACAUAACGUUUUAGGUGGUAUGCCUCAGGAUGAAAAUCGGGUAGAUCUAAAUGAACCAAGCACAUCAAGAGCAGGCAUUCCAGUAAGAGUAGAAGUGAAUGAGGCAGGAACCUCAGGGCUCAAAGCUAAUGUGGCGGAACCUGAAUUAAGCUCCUCAGACCAUGACACAUGCCCGGAAAAUAUCCCAUUAACUAAUCUACGUCGGCUUGGAAGUAACAAGCAAAAAAAGUCUGAUCCACAUGCAUCUGAAGAAACAUCAUUCACGGAUGUCCCGAAUACCAAAUAA